UCAAGGAGACACAUCUAGUCGCGCCACCAUACGCGCAUUCAGGAAACUAUUUGGCCAAUUGGGCGUCCCUGCUCGUCUGCGCACCGAUGGAGGACCUCAAUUUUCAUCACAUGAAUUUCCGUUCUUACAGAAAUGCGUGUUCAUCACAAUAUGUCAACACCCCAUUAUCCACAAUCUAAUGGACACGCAGAAGCUCAUGUUAAGGUAAUGAAGCACCUUAUUACCAAAACAGCUCCAACAGGAGACCUUUAUAACAACGAAGACUUUACAAAUGGUCUACUUGAGCUUCGUAGUACAUCACGUCCUGGUCUCUCACCUGCUAUGAUUUCACUUGUCCCAACACAUAGUAGUGCCUUCGAUACUAAGUGGCAUGUCAUAGCAAAGACACUAGAUGAACGCCACUCAGCCAAGGACCAUGCAGCCAUCCAUUACAAUGCCCAUGCCAAGUCCUUGUCGCCCAUUCCCUUGGGCACUGAUGCCCGUAUCCAAAACCAUUCUACAAAACGAUGGGAUGCUACAGGUAUCAUCGUAGGUGUCGGUCGCAAGCGUGACUACCUGAUUAAGACACCUAGCGGUCGUAUAUUUUGGAGAAACAGGCGAUUCCUGCUACCUGUUCCCCCACCACUUCCUUCUGCGCAGCCGCCUCACAACCCACCUGCAGUCAAGAAACGAGUUCGCUUCAACCUGCCUCCAAGACGCAGUCCUCGUUUAAAUAAGUGAUAUGUAUCAUAUGUGUCGUGGCCCCCAGAACAUAGUGUUACACUAUUUCACAUCCCAUCUACACUAAA